UUGGCAUUUUUGUCCAAUCGCCGCCUGGCGCCAUUGCUCUCCGUGCAUUUUGAACUGGAACCGCACAUAUUUGUUCCCUUCCAUAUACACGACUCCUAGUCAAUCGGUCAACAAACGAAGGGACUACACGGCGACUAGGACUAUUAAACAAUGUUUAAAAGGAUGGACGGGGGAUUCAACUUUUAAGGAGAAAUGUUCCGGGAUCAAAAGAAGCUCUCGGUCGUUUUAUGGAGCUGUUGGCUAAACAGCUAAAGAAGCCCAAGUGCUUAUUUACCCGAAUUGUUUGCGUUGUUUGGAUAGAAUCUUCAUCUCGGCUCGGAUUCCCAGUCCCUUAAAUCCACGCUUGCCCCCCCAUUCUCUCGAGAUGGCUGACAACAGCAUCUUAACCUUUGGUCGGAGUCUGCUGGUGGAUUCCUCCGCAUAUGAUUCAAGGAUCGAAGAACCCACCAAGGACUAUUUAUUACUCGGCACGGCAUGUGACGAUAGAGAAGAUAUGCUGCCAAAAGUGGAGCCAAGGAUUGUUCUCGUGGGCGAGGCGUGCAAAAACACUGAACUGGUGAAAGCACUGCAGGAUGUAAGAGUAAUGGAGGUACCUGUGGUAAACAUAAGAGGAAAUGAAUCGUGUCCAGAAGAGAAAAUGAUGAAAAAGUCCAUUGUCAAUAUGGAAAUCAGUACUACGUUCAUCAUCACUGACAACAUCCAAGAGUUCAGUGAUGAAAAGAACACAGAUUUUGAAACGGUGUUUGUCCUUACUGACUUUAAAUCUCCCGAUUAUCACGGCCUUUAUCAGCGUGAUAACAGGAUCGUAGGUCCUCCUGUUGUGUUCUACUGUGCUUUCAAGAAGGAGCCAAUUCCAUUUUCAUGUCGCCCCCUGUACUCCACCACAAUGCUGAAUCUAUCAUUGUGUUUCACCGGAUUUAGGAAUAAAGAAGAAAUGAAAAACUUGGUCAACUUGGUUCAUCACAUGGGCGGCAUCAUUCGGAAGGACUUCAGCACCAAGGUGACACAUCUGGUUGCCCAUUCAACUCAUGGAGAAAAAUACAGGCUGGCUGUGUGUAUGGGGACACCCAUCCUCACUCCGUCGUGGAUAUGCAAAGCUUGGGAGAAAAGAAAUGACGGGUCAUUCCAUGCAGGAGAGGAUGAUUUUCAAACAGAAUUCAAAGUACCGCCAUUCCAAGACUGCAUCCUCAGUUUUUGCGGCUUUUCAGAUGACGAGAGAACAAAUAUGGAAGAGAGGACUGUGAAACAUGGUGGAAAAUAUCUGAACGUUGGAAAUGAAAGAUGUACACACAUGGUGGUGGAUGAGGAUUCGAUAAAGGAGCUGCCGUAUUGUUCUUCAAAGAAAGUCUUUGUGGUCAAACAAGAGUGGUUUUGGGGAAGCAUUCAAAUGGAUGCUCGAGCCGGAGAGUCCAUGUACCACUAUGAAAAGAAUGUCAGCCCAGCCAUGAAGAAAGCAGUGUCCCUCCUGUCACUCUCUACCCCCACCAGUAACCGAAAGCGUCAGCAUUUAAGGGACACGCUUGCUCGCCUCACAAAGGAGACGGAGAUUUUGCCCUUCUCUCCGCCCCCGAAAAGGCUGUCGGCGGAACGUUUGCUGUCGUUGGGCUCGUUGCUCGACGUUACAAUCACACCUGACAGAUCUUUUGUUGAGAGUUCAAAGACCGCAGCCCCGCCUAAACAAUCGGCCCGGUGGCAAGUUACUAAGGAGCUCUAUCAAACUGAAAGCAACUACGUCGCCAUUUUGAACACCGUACUCCAGAUUUUCAAGCUUCCACUUGAAAAAGAUGGUCAGGUGGGGGGACCCAUCCUUGCCCCAGAAGAAAUUAAAACAAUAUUUGGAUGCAUCCCUGACAUCUAUGAGGUUCACACCAGAAUAAAGAGUGACCUUGAGGGCCUCCUGAGAGAAUGGUCAGAAGAAAAGAGCGUAGGAGAUAUUAUCCUUAAAUACUCAAAGGAGCUUUUGAAGGCCUACCCUCCCUUUGUAAACUUUUUUGAAAUGAGUAAGGAUACUGUUGUUCAAUGUGAGAAACAAAAGCCACGCUUCCAUGCAUUUCUAAAGAUCAACCAGGCCAAGCCAGAAUGUGGGCGCCAGGCACUCGUAGAGCUCCUCAUCAGACCUGUACAGAGACUUCCUAGUAUGGCUCUACUUCUAAAUGACAUAAAGAAGCACACAUCAGAUGAGAACCCUGACAAGCUGAAACUGGAGAAAGCAAUCGAGUCUCUAAAAGAAGUUAUGACUCACAUUAACGAGGACAAGAGGAAGACGGAUGGUCAGAAGCAAAUCUUUGACGUUGUUUAUGAAGUUGACGGAUGUCCCGCCAACUUGCUGUCCUCCCACCGCAGUCUGGUUUAUAAAGUGGAAACCAUUGCGCUUGGUGACCAACCGUGUGACCGCGGCGAACAUGUCACACUCUUCCUCUUCACUGAUUGUUUGGAGAUCGCAAGGAAACGACACAAAGUUACCAACACUUUUAAGAGUCCACUGGGGCAAACAAAAGCGCCACCUCCGCUGAAGCACAUCACUUUGAUGCCGCUCUCACAAAUUCGAAGAGUCUUGGACUUGCGUGACACAGAAGAAUGCGUCAACGCAUUUGCUUUAGUCGUUCACCCGCCCACCGUACAGGAGAACAUGCUGUUCAGCUUCCAGUUGGCCGGAGAGGAAACGGUGAAAAGCGACUGGCUUCGAACGCUUUGUCGCCAUGUGGCCAACACCAUCUGCCGUACUGAUGCGGGUGACCUAAUUCACGCUACAGACCCAGACUCUCUGCAGCUCAACACCAAAGAUAUGGCCAGCACUCUCAGCAAAGCCUCAAGAGCCAUCAAGAAAACGUCCAAAAAGGUGACGAGGGCAUUUUCUUUCACAAAGACUCCGAAGCGUGUGCUCCAGAGGGCAUUUAUCUCCAACACUACCCCAGAUGAUAAAAAACAACGAUUGAACUCGGAAAACAGCAGCAGCUCAAUACUGUCCAUGUCUCGCUCUGUCUCCACGCACAGUUUGAGUGACGCCAAAAGCAGUACCACGGUGCAACGUUUUAAUUCUUUGGACCACCUUCCUCCCAGCGCCAGCCAGCCUUCCUGUCUGUAUGCUCACUUCUUUGUGCCCUGUCCAAAAUAUGACUUCCCCAAGUUUUGACACGGAUGGCCCGGGAAGCAAAGAAUACUUCAAUCUUCCGUCCUGGAAGCCCAUUUCUUAUUCCGCAUAUUUCUUCAAGCCUUAGUGUUCCCAACGCAGACGAUCUCAAGUUUGCUUCUUUUUCAGAUGCCCAAAUGAACCCUUGCCUCGACUCAAAAACAUUGGUGACAAUUGUGGAUUUCAAUAGCUGCUCAGGUUGCAGAGUUCAACCCAAGGGUCCCUCGUUUAUGGCUCGUAUCACGAGAGGAACCUCUGCGUAAAGGGACGUCUGAGUGCCCUUGAAACCUUGUCUUAGUCCUAAAUAUGCAGGUUUAAUUCAUUCAAGUACCAUGUGUCUUUAUCUUCUUGAUUUUCAGUAUUGGUAAUACAAUAAAGGAAGUAGAUUUGAAGUUGUUGAUUUGGAAGAACUUUAUUACUCAUCAUUUGAGCCCCGGGGUACCUGCAGGUGAUAUUCACUUGUUGCCUGGGGUUUGAUGACAAUGCGAAUGGCUGGAGACUUUGGACAUAAUAUACAGACAGUAAUUAAAUGCUAUAGUCAGAGGUUUAACUACCAAAAAGUCAUUACUCGGAGGUCAAGCUUGCGCUGUAAUGCUGAAGAGGGAAUUGAAAUGUUGGGGUGAAAAGGAAAAAAAAAAAGAUGGAAUCAUAUGAUGCAUGGGCACCCACCUUUGUAGUACGUCUCCCUCCAUCAA